CAAUGCAAUUAAUUCUCUUGAUCUGAAUUUAAGUGUACAACAAAAUAUUCCACAAGCAUCUUUAUCAAGGACUCUUUUUCAUACUCUCAAUUCUAAUAAGCUUAAAGAAAAUGUCUGUGCACUGUUAAACAGUAGUAAUAUAAGAAUCCAAGUUAUAGAAGAUAAUAUAUUGAAACAAAA